AGCUCAAUGAGCGAAGCUGAAAUGGACAAAUUUCUUGGUGUUAUUGGUGGGAUGGCUAUUCUCAAGAAGCCGAGGAAAAAGUCCAAGACUUUGGAGAAGGCUGCAAUUGGGAAAGGAGAUGGUAACGUGGGGAAAGGGCAGAUGUCAAGUACAGAAGCCCGAGCUGCAGAGGAGGUGGAGCUGAGGUCUAAAAGGAAGAGGGAUGAAGUGGAUCAAGCUCAGAAGAAAAAGAGGAGAGUGGAGGAUGAGGUCAGGGGGGACGAGGUAGUGGAAUUCGUACCUCGGCUUGCGCCUGUUGAGCUUGAUCCGGACCUUAGAGAGACCGAGGUCCCUGCCCCUGGCAAAGGUAAAGCGUUUGUUCCCACGCCUUUUCUCCAGAGCAGCAUUUUUGGGAGCAAAAAAUUCUCCGCAGUGAAGAAUUUCAUCGACGCCUAUGUGCCUGAGGUGGAUCGCCGUAAAGCGAGGGAGGAAGCCUUGGUACAUGGAGGGACCUCAGUUGUGAGGCAUGCUCUGGAGCUAGUGAAGGAGCGUAACAACCUGCAGAAGGAAAGGGAUGAGCUGUUGAAGAAGAACGGGGAAAUGAAGAGGGAACUGGAUAUCGUGGUACCAACAGUGACAAGCUUACAAGAGGAGAGAGAUACACUGAAGACAAUUCUCUCAUUUGAAGAGAAGAAAGGGAGAAUUUGCAAAGAAGAGAAUGAAGCAUAAGAGGAGGAAAUAAGAAGGAUGAGAGAAU